AUGGCUUCCUUUAAGCCUCAGGAUGCCAUUGACCCGGCAGACGAACACUUGCCAGAAUCCCGCAACGAUCGCCAGGAUUCCACGGCAUCCGCGGCUAAGAUCGUUCAUAAUGCGAAAGCCGCAACAGAUAAGGAGCAGCAGAUGACCCUGUUGCAAGGCAUCAAACUUUACCCGAAAGCUGUCGCGUGGAGUGUUUUCAUCUCUACUUGCAUAGUCAUGGAAGGUUACGACAUCAGUCUGGUCAACAAUUUCUACGCUUUUGAUCAGUUCAACAGGAAGUACGGCGAGCUAACGGCAGAUGGGACAUAUGAAGUACCGGCGCGGUGGCAAGCAGGUCUGAGCAACGGUGCAUAUGUCGGAGAAAUCAUUGGGCUCUUUAUCAAUGGAUGGGCUUCGGAACGGUUCGGAUACCGCCCUACUAUGAUCGCAUGUCUCAUCUUGAUCACAGCGUGGACUGCCAUCUUUUUUACCGCACCCAACGUUCAAGCAUUACUUGCCGCCGAAAUCCUCGCCGGUAUCCCCUGGGGUGUCUUCCAAACGCUUUCGGUCACAUAUGCAUCAGAGGUCUGUCCCGUGGCUUUGCGAGGGUACCUGACAACCUAUGUCAACUUUUGCUGGGGCCUGGGUCAGCUGAUUGGUAUCGGUGUGAUCAUGGGAAUGAUUGACCGGACUGAUGAGUGGGCAUAUCGAAUCCCGUACGGCUUGCAAUGGAUGUGGCCGGGACCCCUACUCAUUGGGAUCAUGUUGGCACCUGAGUCGCAUGACCCCGAUUUCGAUCCAGACGAAACCAUAUCCAUGAUGGUUCAUACCACAGCACUCGAAGCUAAGAUUACCCGAGGUGCUAGCUACUUCGACUGCUUCAGAGGAACCGAUCUACGGCGAACGGAGAUUGUUUGCAUGGUAUGGGCAAUUCAGAACCUGAGCGGCAACUCCUUCUCCAAUUAUUCCACAUACUUCUUAAAGCAGGCUGGUUUAGCCACCAACAAAUCCUAUGCUUUUGCCAUGGGGCAAUACGGUAUAAAUAUGGUGGGCGUUUUUGGGGCAUGGUUUCUCAUGACUCUGGGAAUCGGUCGCAGAACUCUUUACCUGUACGGACUUUGCGGUCUCUGUGUCAUGUUGCUUGUCAUGGGCUUCCUAGGUCUGGUUCCAGACUCACAUAGGGACCAAUCAGCUCUCGCUACAGGCGCCAUGAUGCUGGUCUGGGCUCUGUUCUACCAAUGCACUGUUGGAACAGUUGCAUACUCCCUGGUCGCCGAACUCUCAACCCGCAGAUUGCAGAUCAAAACCGUGGUCCUUGGCCGCAAUCUCUAUAACAUUGUCGCUAUUGUGUGCGGUGUCCUGACCCCAUAUAUGCUCAAUCCAGAGGCCUGGGACUGGAGUAAUUUCGCGGGCUUCUUCUGGGGUGGAAUCUGCUUCCUGUGUGUCAUCUACACCUACUUCCGCGUUCCGGAGCCCAAGGGUCGUUCCUUUGCUGAACUGGAUCUUCUCUUUGAACGGGGUGUUAGCGCACGCAAGUUCGCUAGCACCCAAGUGGAUGUCUUCGACGAAACUAUUGAAGACCAGGUGGUGAAAGACUAUCAAACACAAAAGUCGGCCACAGCCGACGUGGCUCAAUUGGAGAAGCAAGCUGGGUCGUCAUGA